AUGGGCUGGUUCUUCUCUAUUUUACGAAGGUGUUAUGAAGUAUUAGUGCGACGAUUCUUACCAUCCAAAAAGAGCACUGUAACUGUCGAGACUUUAGAGGAGGAAGAAUCUAGCGUCAAAUGCCUUUCCCCAUCGCCAGCUCUAAAUGGGGAAUCGAUCGACCGCACCUCACCAGAACUUCUAAAUAGUUCAGAACCCGUCACCAACUUGGAUCGCUCAACUGCUGCACUCAACGAGAUUGUCGAUUCAGCCUCCACCUCCGCUACCCGAACCCUUUCUUUUGUUGGCUAUUUUUUGCCCAGCGUUGCCCUGCAAGCCCAUGAUUUCUUGUCUAGAGACGUCGAGCUUUGCGGAAUGGCGACGUCGGUCGACUUUCGCGAUGUUUUCAUCGAAGACAUGGGCACUAUCAACCGUGGAUCUUUGCGGUUGACAGAUCAACACAUCAAAUUUCACAAUGACCAUACGGGAAACAUUGUAACGAUGCAUGUCAACGAGCUCAAGAAGGUGACCUGGCAACGCCUCGCUAACAAGCCUGGCGCCAAAUUUGUCUUCGACGAUGGGAAGAGGUACAGGAUCGGUGGCUUCAAAGAAACGGAUUUCGACCAGUUCAAGGCGUUUGCCCAAGAAAAUUGGCAGAAAGAUGUCGAGAAAACCGAACUGGCUUUGAAGGGCUGGAAUUAUGGAGAGUGUACCGUUGCCGGCCAAUCCGUUGAAUUUUCGGUGGACGGGAAACUCUGUUUUGAGGUCCCACUUUCGAACGUCUCAAAUACGAUCGCGAAUAAAAAUGAAGCUGUUCUUGAAUUUCACCAAAAUGAAGAUUGUGCGAUCGCCCUUACUGAGAUGCGCUUCCAUAUGCCGUCGAACGAAGAGGAUAUGUAUGAUGCCGUUGACGAAUUCCGACAAGCUGUGCUCAAGUAUGCCGGCAUUGAGACCGACUCCGGACAAGCCAUUGUCACACUCAGCCAAAUCCUCGCAACUACUCCACGUGGUCGCUACGACAUCAAGGUCUACCCGAACCAUUUGUCUCUCCACGGCAAGACCUACGAUUAUAAAAUCCCCAUCAAGACGAUUCAAAGACUCUUCUUGGUCCCACACAAAGAUGGCCGGCACAUGUAUUUUGUGUGUGCUUUAUCGCCUCCGAUCCGUCAGGGACAGACGCGCUAUCAUUACCUUGUCUUCGAGUUCGUCCGUGAUGAUGAGACUGAGAUCGAGUUGGGAUUGACAGAGGAACAGGUGAAGGAACAGUUCGGCGAGAAGCUGCAACGAAACUUGGAGGGCCCCGUCUACGAAAUUGUCUGCAAGCUCUUCCGCGUGCUCGUCGGCAUGAAGGUGACAACUCCAGGGAAAUUUGUCGGGCACAGUGGUACACCUGCGAUUGUAUGCGCCCACAAGCAGGCGUCCGGGUUCCUAUAUCCGCUUGAAAAGGGCUUCCUCUACAUCCACAAGCCGCCCAUGUACAUCCGUUUUGAAGAGUGCGCAUCGGUGCAUUUUGCUCGCUCUGACAUCUCGACGCGUUCCUUCGACUUUGAAGUGGAGAUGAAGGGCGGCUCCACCAAUGUAUUCAACAGUGUCGAAAAGGAAGAAUACAGCAAACUUUAUGACUAUGUGCAAAGCAAAGGCCUUCGCAUCCGUAACGCCAAGAAAGCGGAAGCUCGCAACACGGAUAUGUUUGAUGACAGCGAUGAAGACCACGACCCCUACAAGGAACAUGUCAAGAAGGAGGGCAAAGAUCGUCAGGCCGAAAGAGCUGGUGCUACAGGAGGGGAUGAGGAAUCCGACCCCGAAGACGAUGACUACGAUCUUGACAUUGAUUUGGCAAGACGCCGCAAGGAGCGCGAGGAGAAUUCGUCCGAAGGCGACGAAAGUGAGCCGACCGAGGAGUUUGACUCAUCCGGCUCUGAUGUCGUCAAGGAGAGCGAUAUGGACGAGGACGAGGACGCGAAGAAGGAGCGAAAGGAAAAGAAGAAGCUGAAGGCAGAGAAGAGGAAGGAGAAGCGCGAAAAAGACGGUGACGAAUCCAAGGGACGUAAGAAACGCGCGAAGAAGGACCCUAAUGCUCCUAAGCGAUAUCAGAGUGCCUACAUGAUCUGGCUCAACGAAAAUAGGUCGACUAUUAAGAAGGACGGUGAUACUGUUGCCGAUACAGCGAAACGUGGUGGCGAGCUUUGGAAGGCUAUGACCGAAGACGAUAAGAAGCAGUGGGAGGAAAAGUCUGCUAAGGAUAAGACACGUUAUGAAGCGGAAAUGGCAGAAUGGAAGAAAAGUGGUGGCAGCACUGUCAGGUCUUCAACUCCUACUAAAUCGAGCAAGCCCAGUUCGAAACUACCCACCAAGUCGCCGAACAAGCAAGCCAAAUCGCGUGAAUUUUUGGAGACGUCCUCUGAUUCUGACGCUCCAGAGGACGGCGAGAAGAAGAAGAAAAAGAAGAAGCAGGAAAAGGCCAAGGUAAUUGACGAGCUUUAUCGACGUUGUAUUUUG